CGAAAAUGAGUAUUACUCCAAGGCCUAACAGUGCCGCCGCCAGUCAUGGCGGACUGGUUUAUUAUGUGGUAGCAGUGCCAAGGUCUGAAGCCUGGGGAAAUGACAAGAGUAACGAGUCAGGGUGGGACAACCCCUUCCGACCAGACGGCGAGCUCUCCCGCGAAGCCGACGCCAUAGUGUCCCUAAUCAAAGGCGGUCAGCCGAUCACUCCGGUGGCGGGCGAACCGCCGAGCACCCUGCUGAACUCUUCGGCGCUGUCGAACAAUUCUUCUUCGCCCGGUGGUGCCGUUGCCAACGGCAACGCGGCCACCGUCACGGACGGAUCUCCCGCCACCAACGGAGGCGGAUUGAUCAAGAAGGACAAUGCCACGACGCUGUCCAGUGCAGUCCCUGCAACCGCCUCAUCCCCAACCGGCAAAAACGGCACAGCGGCGACGAGUCCCGCAAAAGGGGGUGCAAGUUCACCAGUGGCGGUCCAGAGGGGCACCGUGCCCCAACAGUCGACGCCCCAACAGGCCGAGCUGGUGGUUCUGAAGAAAAAACCCAAAUGCAAGUGCUGCGUUAUUCAAUAAAAUCUAUGGAGGAGGAGGACUGGUGGUUGCUGAGAGGGGAUGGCGAUUAUUGUGUUUUUAUUUUUAUUUUUUAAUUUUUAAUUUAAUUUAAUUUAAUUAGAGCUAUAU